AUGGAGACCGGAAGUCCUAAAUUACCUGGAGUGUUCAACUAUACUGUGAUAAAAGUAAACGAUGUUAAUUGUCGAGCUUUAUUUGAUGGCGAUAAAAGAGAACAAAAGAAAGCUAAAAGUCUGUUGAAGUGGGACAGCGUUAACCAUAUAUCACUGGUAUGGUAUUACGUCCACACUAGGAAUUGUCAACGCUUUAAAAGCGACAGGGGAUACAUAACCAAACCCUUAACAUCCGAAGAACGUGAUUUCCCAAUAGCCUUUAGCAUCCUCAUGUUCAAAGACGUAGAGCAGUUUGAACGUCUCUUGCGUGCCAUAUACCGACCACAGAAUUACUAUUGCGUACACGUUGACGUCAAGGCCAAUGAAGAUAUACAAAAUACCGUCAAAGUGAUAGUUGAGUGUUUUGAUAAUGUUUUCCUAAUUCCAACACCGGUGGAUGUACAAUGGGGCACAUUUUCAGUGCUAGAACCCGAACUACUUUGUAUGGAAUUGUUAUUCAAGCAUAAAAACUGGAAAUAUUUUAUCAAUUUGACUGGCCAAGAAUUUCCUCUGAAAACUAAUUUUGAAUUAGUGAGAAUAUUGAAGGCUUAUAAUGGUUCCAAUGAUUUGGAAGUAAAUUAUUUCAGAGCCAACAGAAGAAGAUGGUUGAAAGUUACGAAACCUCCUCCUCAUAGAAUCCGCCCAGUAAAAGGAUCAGCGCACAUUGCUGUUAAUCGAGGCUUUGUAGAUUAUGUUUUGAACAACCAGACAGCCAAAGAUUUUUUACAAUGGACCAAACUCGUAGACGUUCCAGAUGAGAUAUUUUUUGCAACUUUAAAUCAUAACCCACAUCUUGGGAUUCCAGGAACUUAUACAGGUAUUCCUGAAACUAAUACAAAUUCGAAACCAUUCCUAACUCGGUUUAAAAACUGGGGAACUUGGCCAUUCGACUGGCCAUGUAAGGGGAAGCGAGUACGGCAAAUCUGUGUGUUAGGUAUUGGUGAUCUCCCUUUACUAGCAUCGCGGAAAGAAAUGUUUGCCAAUAAAUUCUAUUUUGAUUACCAACAUUAUGCCUUAGACUGCCUGGAAGAAUUUCUGUAUAACAGAACACGAGAUGAAUAUUUAGAAAAGUUAACAUUUAAUGAUUCUUAUUAUAAAACAUUGGAUUUCGUCAAAAAUCGAGUUUGA